GGGGCAUUUUCGUCCACAAGAAAGUAGAGCAAGCUCGGGUAGCGCGAUGGGCACGGCAUCUUCUCAAGGCGUAUGAAGGAUGCUCUCGGCUCGCUUCCACAGCUCCAUCAUCUUCCCCUGCAUCCUAGGUUUCCCCGUCUCCCCAUUUUACCCGUCGCCUCUCGUCAAAUUUACCCGCGUGCCACUCCCUCGACCGACCUCGAAGCUCGCCGCGUCCAUGGAGGCGCCUCCGCAAGGAUACCGGAGAAAUGUCGGGAUCUGCCUCGUGAAUCCUUCGAACAAGAUCUUUGCGGCGUCGAGGCUCGAUAUCCCCGGAGCAUGGCAAAUGCCUCAGGGUGGUGUAGAUGGGGAAGAAGAUCCUAAAGCUGCUGCAGUUAGAGAGUUGAGAGAAGAGACGGGUGUUACAUCAGCGGAGAUCAUUGCGGAGGUUCCCGGUUGGCUAACUUACGAUUUCCCUCAGGAAGUGAGAGAAAAAUUGAAUAAACAAUGGGGAUCAGAUUGGAAAGGUCAAGCCCAGAAAUGGUUCUUAUUUAGAUUCACUGGAAAGGAGGAAGAGAUCAAUCUUUCUGGUGAUGGAACUGAAAAGCCAGAAUUUGGGGAGUGGUCAUGGAUGACGCCUCAGCAAGUAAUUGAACUUGCCGUGGAUUUUAAGAAGCCUGUCUAUGAGGAAGUUUUGAAGUUCUUUAGCCCGCUUUUGCAAUCGGAUUCGGCUACGGAAGUAUAGUUUAAAUGUUACCCACUUCUCUAGGUUUCUAUGUUGAACUCGUUGGCUUAAUUAAAUCGAUACCUAGCAAGGAUUAAACCGCGUUGAGAUAAUGAUGAGUAAUGAAAUUUUCAUGUUUUUGCGAGUGAAUUAUUUUGCCCAUUUUGCCCUUUGAUAAAUUCAUUACUGUGGAGAAAUAAUUGAUCCAUCCCUGUAUUGUUACUACUGAACUAGCGUAGCAAUAUUUGUUUUUUAUAUAAUCUAA